AUGGCAGCGGCGUGGUGGGUGUGCGUGUGGGCUGGCGGGCUCUGGGCUGCGGCCGGGUGGCGCGGCGCCGCGGGUGGCUGCGGCGUGGCGGAGUUCGCUUGCCGCGCCGGCCCCUGCGUCCGUCUGGACGCGUACUGCGACGGCGAGCCGCAGUGCGCGGACGGCAGCGACGAGCCACCGCACUGUACACCCUGCAACCGCACCUACUACGGUCGCGCCGGCGUCGCGUAUUCGCUGGCCGUCCGAGGGCCCCCGCGCGCUCCCUUCCUGUGCCACCUCACGUUCACGGCGGGCGGCGGAGCACACGGCGACCUCGUGCAGCUGGCUUUCGACGAAUUCCGCGUCGGGCGCUACGAGCCCGCCGCGCUGGACGGCUGCCCCGACGGCUACAUGCAGGUGUCGGAGCUCGGGCGCCCCUUCACCGGCGGCUCGUGGUGCGGCGAGGCGGACGGCGCCGCCCUCUACUACAGCGAGACGGCGACGGUCACCGUCUCGGUCAAGUUGUUCCGGGUGCGGCUCGGCGAGGCGUUCGGCUUUCGAUUGCGGUACAAGUUCCUGGCGCAGCGCGAGGCGGUGGUUCGGUUCGGUGCUCUGGAAGCUCCACUGGAGCGCGGUGCCGUAUCUCCAGGAACGUACUGCACGCGCACCUACGAGGAAUGUCACCGCAAGGCGUGCCGACUACAAAGUCCUAACUAUCCUGGCAUGUACCCCAGAAACGUUACCUGCUACUGGAGCCUCCGACAAAAAGACAUCCCAACGUGCAAACACGCGAUGAUUUCUGUUCGACAGGAGUACUCCCACAAAAUGCAAAUCAAACGGUCGAUAUCGAUGGCGAGUCUCAACAAGACCGGCCGAGCGGUGAGGGCGUGGCGCGAAUGUACCGGGGAGCGGGACAGACUCAUCUUCUACGACGGCGCUACUACGGACGACCCCGUGCUGGUGGAGUACUGCGGCGGGGACUGGUUGCCGCGUGUCACCUCGCGGGGUCCAGAGAUGCUGGUCGCUUUCCACUCGUCGCCGUUCAGCGCUCCACUGCGACCCGCCGCACCGGCCGCCCCACUCAGAGGAUUCGAACUGGACGUAGACGUCGUAUUUGCCGAUUCUGAUUCACUCGACUACGCCAGGGAGUCCAGACGUUGUGAAUUUCACGUGAAAGCAUCCUCUUCGGAGGAAGAAACGAAUUCGACGGCAGGUCCGGGGGGGCGUGGCCGCCGAGGCCGACUGCGGGCCCCUGCACACACCUUGCCGCCGAAUACCACGUGUACUUGGACUUUUCACGGGCGACCAGGUGAUCUCGUUUGGAUCUAUUUCUCGAGUUUCACGCAGUAUUCGCUGGUGGAGGCGCGACGCGUCGAGAGCAACGAGCGCGAAGAGGAGAGCAGCACGAGUGCGGUGGCGCUGCGUGCCGCGUGCGCCGUGGAGCUGCGCGUGUGGGACGGCGGCGGCGAGGGCGAGGCGGGUGCGCGCUCCCUGGGCCACUACUGCGACGCGCCGCCCUCGCUGUGCGCGCGCGCCUCGCUCGCCAACGCCACCCGCGCCCCCCGCCCCUGCGCGCCGCCCGAUGGCUACGUGUCCGCCGCAUCGCUGCUGGCGCUGGCGCUCACCUCGCGCCCCGGCACGGCCACGCACCCGCUCACCUUCUCUCUCCACUAUGAAUUCGUGGACGCACGUCUCGAGGGUCUCCCGCUGCCGGACGACGGCAGACGAGCCCGGCCCGCCCCGGAGGAAUGCGCGAGGAGGUUGACCGCGCCGGGAUCUUUUUCCUCUCCGCGGAACGCACUUUGGUUCGGUCGUGGUGGAGCGCGACGCUUGCGUUGCGUGUAUAGAUUCGAUGGGGAGGGUUCUCGUGUGGUGCUCGACUUGCAGGCGGCCACAUUCGGUCGAGAGCCUCGAUGCGCGACGCGGCCUGAUCCGGUCACCGGUCGACCGAACUGCGUGCCGGACCAGAUAGAAUCUCAUGAUGGGGAGACCGAGGCGGAGGACGGAGGGCCCACUGAUUUCGACGGGGACGAGGAUGUGCCUUUGCGUGUUCCACAUCUGCGUAUAUUUGAAUCCCCGUGGCCCGGUUACAGAGUGCCGGUCGGGUGCAUAUGUGACAACAGCAGCGCGCCGCUCCGGUUCGAGGCGAGCGGCGGCGCGCUGGAGCUGGAGCUGGUGUCCCGCUCACUGCGGGCGGCUGAGGACCACCGCCACGUGCACUUCCGGGGCUCAUGGUCGCGCGAGCAGCCGCGCCUCUGUGCGGCCAGGCGCCGCCUCGCUCCCCCCGGAACGCAUUUCCGGCUCGCCUUUCCUUAUAGCAAUAGGAUAUCAGAAUGCGGAGAGACUCCAUUCUUGAUGGAGGCGCGCGGGAACAGGUCGGUGUUCCUGCGCGUGUGGGGCGAGGAGAUGACGCCAUCCGCUCCGGGGACCGAACCUCCGCCCUGUGCGACCACCAACCGAGUGUUCGUGUACGACGCGCACACCUCCAAGUUGGUGCGCGUGAUCUGUCCGGGCGGGUCGGGCGCGGCAGUGCAGGUGUUUACCGAGGAGUGGUGGGGUCGCGGCGGACGGUCGGCAGCGCUGCUGGUAGUGUGGGCGGCGCGCGAGGCUGGCAGCGCGCGGCUGGCCUGGAUGGAGGUAUGGCGCGCCGGACAGAACGCCAGCUCGUGUGCGCACGCGUGCGGACCGCUGGGCGCAUGCAUGCCGGGCGCACUCUGGUGCGACGGUGCGGAGGACUGCCCGGGUGGUGCGGAUGAGCGGGGUGCGUGCGGGGCGGGAGCGCGGUUGCUAGCGGCGCUGGGCGCAAGCGGCGCGACGGGCGCAGCGGGUGCGGCAGGGGGCGCGCUGCUCUUGCUGGCAGCGCUGCUAGUGCGCCGACGACGACGCGCCGUAUCGGACAAGCGGCUGUUGGGUGCGCUGGCGGCAGGAAGACGCCUCACGGAGGAGCUGUUAUACGACGCGUCGCGAGCCUCGUCGACCGCAUCCUCCUGACGGCGCGAGCGCUCCGUCGAGUACAUCCACGUGGACCGCGAGACCACGGUGUGACGGAGCGCCUUGUCCUCUCUCGCGUCGACUGCUCGUCGCGUUGUCGUCGGACUGUCUUGAGUCGGUCGGUGAUUGUGUGAUGUUCGCAUGAUAUUCGCGUGAAGUGCUCAGUGAAAUCGACUAGUGUAAUUUAUUUUCUUUUUAUUUCGUUUCGUUGUGAAUCGGAUCGCGCGAAAGGACGUCCUCCCGAUGACUCAGUGGCGCGGAGAUCACAGGUGGACUCGGUCGGCGCGGGGCCCUAUUCGUACGAUAUCGUAUCCUCCACUUUAUAUAUAUUUGGUUGUGUAAAUACACAGUAGUUAGCCAGUGCACGGCCCCGACCGUGGAAGCGUCCCCCGUGUCUCCUCGCCGUGACGUCGUAUGUACAUAUGUAUGUGUGUGUACAUUUGAAUGUAUAUUAGUACCAUUGACGAUCUGUCCCGUCCCUUGUUCCAUUUCAGUUGAACUCUACAAUAAACACCUAGUUCUAUGAACUGAUUACCACAUACACCUUGUUUCAUUGACCACGAAUGCCGCCGAUAUUGUAUGGCAGCUGUAUCGUCCUUCGCCACUAA